AUUAACCGAGUGCCGACGGUGCCGAUCAUGUGACACUUCCUGGGUGAAUCGGUGAACAGUGGUCGACGGUUCUUUGAGGUUGUCAUCAUUUGGAAACGCGAUUAUCUUAAGCAAUGGGCAGGGCAUGUUGCAUCUUGGGAUGUCCCUCGGGAGGAGAUGCCCCAUCUCAUCAGAUUCCCAAGAAUCCAGCUCUUUUCCAGAAAUGGAAAAGCCUGAUUUAUUCUGAGAAAAUCCAACAUAUGACCGAUGAGCAGAUAAGCAAGUGUGCUGUGUGCUAUCGGCAUUUUGCUGACAAUGACUAUCUAGUAACUUUCCGAGUGAGAAAGUUGAAACGUGGCGUUGCACCUUCCUUGAACUUGCCAAACAGACCAGAUUCUACUGUUAUGAUUAAAAUAGAACCGCAAACAUCGGCUGCAAGUAGAGAAACGGUUACUGCAAAAGAAGAGGUGACAGAAAUUCCAAGAAUGAUAGAAGAAUUAAAAACAACUCAAAUUACAUUAUUCGAAGAUAUUCCGGAAGAAAUUAAAUCCUGCUCGUUUGACCAGCCACAAAUUUUAUUAGACAAGAAUACUGAGCAAACUAAUAAAACGGCAGAGACAUUUAAGUUAAAUCAUAGAGAAAGGACAUCGAGAAAGAAACGAAAAUUAACUGCAAAACAAUUGCAUCUACUUCAAUGUAAACAACAAGCCAAGCAAUAUGAAAAAACACCUUCGAUACAAAAGCUGCUAUCUUUUCUCACGCCUGCUGAAAUAGGAACUAUUAAAACUAGAAUACGAAAAGCAAGAUAUGCCCCAAGAAUAUAUGUAAGAAUAUAUCACAAUAUUGCACAAAGGAAGGCUUUUGGUCACUUAAAGUUCGUAGAAGAUUAAUAAUUUAUUGCAAGUCUUAUAGUCAAGAAUGGAAAAUCAGGAUGAAAUUCAUCUGCUUUGGAAUGUCAUGAGAAGCAAAUCUUAUCAAGUAUGAAUUUAUCACAUUUAUAUUAGCAAAAAAGAAUUAAUUUUGCCAUAAUAAU